GAGAUUGGACUCCACAUGGCAACUAUUCUGAACAUAUACAAGAUUCCACAGCUUACAUAUGGAUCUGCUCCACUGAUGAAAGAUAAAACCCAUGGAGCCUUCUUCCAUCGGAUGUUCCCAAACAUUGAUCAUCAAUAUAAGGGGAUUCUUCAAUUACUACUGCAUUUCCAGUGGAUGUGGAUAGGGGUGCUUUAUCUGGAUGGUGACAGUGGAGAAAAUUUUGUACAGAAUGUGCUUCCACUAUUUUCCCAGAGAGGCAUCUGCUUUGACGUCAUAGGAAAAUUCACAACAAUGGCUUUUUACAGUGAAAUUAACAAUGCAAUACAGGAGGCAACAGAAACAUUGAAGGUAGUCAUGGGAAGCACUGCCACUGCAUUUUUCCUACAUGGUGAAAUCCAUUCCAUUUUAAGUUUGAGAAAUAUACUUCAGUUAUCGGAAUAUCACAAUACACCACUAAAAGCAAAAGUCUGGAUUAUGACAGCACAGAUGGAUUUUGCAUCAUAUGCCAUUCAAAGAAAUUUGGACUUAAACUUCCUGCAUGGUUCUGUGUCCUUUGCAAUGCACUCAAAGGAAGUGUUUGGAUUUCAGAAAUUUAUCCAGGUCAGAAAUCCUAUCUCAGAAGAGGAAGAUGGCUUUAUUGAUGACUUUUGGGAACAGGCAUUUAACUGUUUGUUCCCCAUCUCCAGGUUAGAGAAGAUAUCUCAAAACAUCUGCACUGGGGAGGAGCAAAUAGAGACUCUUCCUGGGUCUGUAUUUGAAAUGAGCAUGACCAGCCACAGCUACAGCAUCUACAGUGCUAUUCAUGCUGUGGCCCAUGCUUUGCAGUCCAUGUGGUCAUCCCAGCUCAAACACAGAGAGAUUGUGGAUGGAGGAACAUGGGACCCAUGGCAGCUCCACCACUUUCUGAGAAGGGUGUCAUUUAACAACAGUGCUGGGGAAACAGUUUCCUUCAAUCAGAAUGGGGAAUUAGAAGCCGGAUUCGAUAUUAUAAAUUGGGUGACAUUCCCAAACCAAUCUUUUCACAGAGUCAGAAUUGGAAAGACAGACCCAGAGGCUCCUUCAGACGAAGUGGUCACUUUUUAUGGUGAUGCCAUCAUUAUUUGGCCCCACAAGUUCAACCAGGCAAGGCCGCUUUCUCUAUGUAAUGACAAAUGCCAUUCAGGCUACAGUAGGACAAAAAUGGAAGGGAAGCCAUUUUGCUGCUAUGAUUGUGUUCCAUGUCCAGAAGGGAAGAUUUCAAACAAAAAGGAUAUGGAUGACUGUGUUCAAUGCCCAGACAAUCAGUAUCCAAACAAUAACCAGAAUUUUUGUAUUCCAAAAGUUACAACCUUUUUGUCUUAUGAAGAACCUCUGGGGAUCACAUCAGCUAUUUCGACUCUUUGCUUUUCUUGCAUCACAGUUUUGGUGCUUGUAAUCUUCAUUAAGCAUCAAGAGACUCCCAUAGUCAAGGCAAACAACCGGAAUGUCACUUACACUCUCCUCAUUUCCCUCCUGUCCUCCUUCCUUUGUGUUUUGCUAUUCAUUGGGCAACCUGAGAAGAUGACAUGUCUCCUUCGACAAGUUGCUUUUGGUGUGAUCUUCUCAGUGGCUCUUUCUUGCCUACUGGCUAAAACCUCCAUCGUAGUUCUAGCUUUCAUGGCCACCAAGCCAGGGUCCAAGAUGAGAAAAUGGAUGGGGAAAACACUGUCCAUCUCUAUCAUUUUUUCCUGCUCACUGUUUCAAGCCGCAAUCUGCAUUGUGUGGCUGACAACCUUUCCCCCAUUCCCAGACUUUGACAUGCACUCAAUAACUAAAGAAAUUGUGCUAGAAUGUAAUGAAGGUUCAACUUUCAUGUUUUACUCUGUCCUUGGUUUUAUGGGUCUCCUGGCCACUGUUAGCUUUACUGUGGCUUUCCUAGCUAGGAAGUUGCCAGACAGUUUUAAUGAAGCCAAAUUUAUCACUUUCAGCAUGCUGGUCUUCUGCAGUGUUUGGCUGUCCUUUGUUCCAACCUACCUGAGCACCAAGGGGAAAUAUAUGGUAGCUGUGGAGAUCUUCUCCAUCUUAUGCUCCAGUGCUGGAUUACUUGGUUGCAUCUUUAUCCCCAAAUGCUAUAUUAUGGUCAUGAAGCCUGAGCUGAAUAAGAAGGAGCAGCUAAUAAGGAGAAUGCAUUAA